UCUCUCGCCGCCGCCAUGGGCUGCACGCUGAGCGCCGAAGACAAGGCGGCGGUGGAGCGGAGCAAGAUGAUCGACCGUAACUUGCGGGAGGACGGGGAGAAAGCCGCCAAAGAAGUGAAGCUGCUGCUCCUCGGUGCUGGAGAAUCUGGUAAAAGCACCAUUGUGAAACAGAUGAAAAUCAUUCAUGAGGAUGGCUAUUCAGAGGAAGAGUGUAAGCAAUAUAAAGUAGUUGUCUACAGCAACACUAUACAGUCCAUCAUUGCAAUCAUAAGAGCGAUGGGACGGCUGAAGAUUGACUUUGGGGAAGCUGCCAGAGCAGAUGAUGCCCGGCAAUUAUUUGUGUUAGCUGGCAGUGCUGAAGAAGGAGUCAUGACUUUGGAAUUAGCAGGAGUGAUUAAACGGUUAUGGAGAGAUGGUGGGGUGCAAGCUUGUUUCAGCAGAUCCAGGGAAUAUCAGCUCAAUGAUUCUGCUUCAUAUUAUCUAAAUGACUUGGAUAGAAUAUCACAAACCAACUACAUUCCAACUCAACAAGAUGUCUUGCGGACAAGAGUGAAGACCACUGGCAUUGUGGAAACACAUUUUACAUUCAAAGAGCUAUACUUCAAGAUGUUUGAUGUAGGUGGCCAAAGAUCAGAACGAAAGAAGUGGAUUCACUGUUUUGAAGGAGUGACAGCAAUUAUCUUCUGUGUGGCCCUCAGUGAUUAUGAUCUUGUUCUGGCCGAGGAUGAGGAGAUGAAUCGAAUGCAUGAAAGCAUGAAAUUGUUUGACAGUAUUUGUAACAACAAAUGGUUUACAGAUACUUCAAUCAUUCUGUUUCUCAACAAGAAAGACCUUUUUGAGGAAAAAAUAAAGAGGAGUCCAUUAACUAUAUGUUAUCCAGAAUACACAGGUUCCAAUACAUAUGAAGAAGCAGCUGCUUACAUUCAGUGCCAGUUUGAAGAUCUAAAUAGGAGAAAAGAUACCAAGGAGAUUUACACCCACUUCACCUGUGCCACAGAUACCAAGAAUGUACAGUUUGUUUUUGAUGCUGUUACAGAUGUCAUCAUUAAAAACAACUUAAAGGAAUGUGGACUUUAUUGAACAGUGUGAAUAUUAGUAAAAGUUAUUACAGUGUGGAGUGUUGAAACCAGACUUCUUUUGCUGUCUCAUGGGACGGUUGCAAGCAUGAAGGGGACCAAGAAAUGGCAGCAUGCAGAAUCUUAACACUCUGGCACAACCUUCUAUUUAGGGGACUCUUAGUUGACACAGAUGCUAAAGUCAGAUGUUGGAAUUGGAACAACUGUAAAAUAAGUUUGUCAAGGCAUCAUUUAAAUUUCAUAAUAUCAAAUAUUGAAAUGUUGAGGACGGAUGUGAAGUCGAGGUGCUGCAUUCCAGAACUUCAAUAUGUAGCUUAAUCUUUUUUCUUUCUUUCUUAAAAACCAUUAUUAGUUCAUUCUUAGUUUUUUUAUAUAUAGAAAAAACUUUACUAAAUUUUAUUUCUUUGUGAAUGAAUCUAUUAAAACAGUCUUAACUAUGCACAUGAUAUGACCAGAUCAUCUUUAAAAUAUUCCUCUUAGUAGGAGCCUUUGUUUUUAACUGUUGGUAUGAUCAGAAUAUAAUACAAUAUUUCCACAAUUCCUAAUUCUUUACAGUUGUUGGGACUAUAAUGAUAGCUAUUGGGAUAAAAUUUAUGUUAAUAUCCUAUUCUGGAUUACCGUUAUGGUUUCUAAAUGAUAUUUACAUUGGAGAGUUUGUAUAUUAGCUCUCUUUUAAGCUUAUGGUUGAACGUUAACCUGGUUUAUGCUGAUUACCAAAUUACUGUAUAAAUACUGAUGUGGUAUGAUAAAGUCAGCUUCUUGAUAUAGACAUGCUGAGGGCAGCUGCCAACUACAAGUACAAAUUGCUAAAUUCCAAAUAGAACCAGUGGCUUUGCUGCUACAUAUCUACUAAACUGACCACUUUGAUUCUUGUUUGUCUCAAUCAUAGUUUGUAAGCAAUACCACUUGUUUUCCAUCUUCUGUGGUCUUUUCUGUUGGGAAAUAUCUAAAGUGUAUUAGCAGUGCAUGCCUUUACUUUGUAAAUGUGGUGCCAAAUCUCUGUUUGCCAUUGUUUUUAAUUGUAGUGAUGUUGUUGUAAUUCUUAAGUCAGUACCUACUUUUGCUGAAACCAUUGCAUCUUGGGGACUUUUUUCACUUUGUUGCGUGUACAGAUUUUAAUCUGUUAAGAGUUGGCAGCAGUAUUAAAAAUGGCGAGUGAAGAGUCCCAAGUUUGCUCCUAUUUGUAACUAGUCCUUUCUGAAAAUAGUUUCUUCUGUUUCUUUUUGCCCCUACUGAGUAUGCUUUGGACUUUGUCUGAGAAUGGGUUUAGGUAGAAGUUUCCUAAAAGUCUAAUCCUUUGGUGUAAUUGUGUUGUUGAAUCUUGGCCUGAUUGAAGUCUUAUGUCAUAUUUGUAUAAGUGACAUGCAGCUAUAACCCAUUUUCCAGAUUUACAUUUGGGGGCACUACUUGUGUUGUGAGGAGAGCUAUAUUUACCUCAGCCUUCAGGCCCUUUUGUAUUAUGUACAGUAACUGUCAUUAAAUACAGUGGUCUGCUGGGAGCAAGCAAAUAAAGAGAGUGCAUCUUGAGCUUUCCAAAUCAGUAUUUGAGCAGUGCCUUUUGGAGUCCAGUCUUCUUGGAUUGGAUUCUAUUUCAUCUUUAAAUGUGUAUGACCUUUCACUACUUAAAAACAAACAAAAAAAGUAGGUGGUCAUCAAAACUGGUUCUGAAAGCAGACCACAGCAGUUCAGUGCCUUUAUUGGUAGUUUCUUUUUACCUUAUUCUUACUGGAAUAAUAUGUAGUUGUGUUGAAAAAACUUGAUCUAAAAAGAAAAGAAAUUACUAUCUUCAGUUGGUGAUUGACUGUGUCCACAAUGUGAAAGGACCGAUAGCCCUUACUCAUUUUGAGUGUCUUUUCCUUAUUGUGUUCUGUUGUAAUACAGGAUCAUAUGGUCAUGAAUGAGAACUGGUGGAAUGUUUUAAUUUUAGAUUUUCUGUAGUCUGGUCUAAUGGGAUGGAAUUAUUGAUAAAUAACAAAUAAUCCAGAAAAAAUCUACUUUGAAAUACAUUUUGUGCUUUCAUUUGAAUAUGUUUAUCUGAUACUUUUUUUUUUUUUUUUAGCUUUCUGUUCAUGAAAAAUAGUAAUUCUCAACUUUCUGCUCGAGUAACUUAUCUUCAGGACACAGCAACACAGUUUAAGUCAAUGGUUUAAAUAUGCCUUAAGUUAUACUCAUCCAGAUUCAUUUUAGAAAUUAACUUUUUUGUAGGUAGAUUAGAAAGCUAUAAUUUAAAAAGGUGUUUUUGACCAAAUUUGUAAAUCAAUAAUUUGUAUUUUAAAAUAAAGCAUCUUUUCUUAUAGCAGAAUCCGAACUUGGAGAUCAAAUAUCUCAUCUACUAGCCUGAAACAAAAGCAGUUAAUAAGUAUAAUCAAAGAAAGUUGCCUCUUGUCAUGCCUAUAGAGACUGCUAGAGAUUUGUGAUGAACCAGAUUUUAGGUGACUAGGCCUUGGACCUUCUAAGAAAUCACAUAAGAGAAAAUUUAAAAUAAAUGAAUAAGUAUUAGUAAAUAGAUUCUUAACAGGAAGGACUACAGUAAUAAUUUUACAUUGUUGGCAAUCAUAUACAUGUAAUUAAAACCUUGGACUAUAGAUCACUAUUCAUUAGGUCCUUUAUAAGGAGAAAGUAUUCUGUUCCUCAGUGGCCUCUCCUCUUUAAUAAAAUAAAUAAGUAAAAUAAAAAUCAACCUUUCAACAGAAUUCAUCUCCUGACAUGAAAAUUCCAAUAAAAUUAAGUGAAUCUUGAGAGCUGAUACUUUCAUCUUAGGUAGUUUGAAUUCUAAAUAUCUGGCUACGUGUAUCAUUUAUUCACUGAUGCCUUGCUGUUUUUCACAAGAUGAAUCAUCCUAAUGGGCCAAUUUAAACUUGUUUUCUUGUAUUCUAUAUGUGUUUUAUUAUAUGCAUAAUCUGGAUUAUUUAAAAAUGUGUUUGGUUCUUCUGA